GUUUCUGUUAAACUAGAAGGUUAUACUACGUUGCAAAAUAAAAACAAACAUCUGAUUUUGUUUUUGUUUAUUAUUGUUUGGUAUUAUUGAUGAUAAAUUACGAAUUAAUUGAUUGCGAUUAUGAAUUUUGUGGGAAAUUGAAUUAUCUUGGUUAAUAAUUUAUAAAAUUAUGGAGAACACUAAUGAGAAUGAAACGGAAACUAAGGUGACAGAAGCAGUUACAGGACAGGAUUCAUCAGUUAGGACAGAGCAGAAAGAAGACUAUGAAGAACGUUAUAAUAAAUUGAGAGGAUUUGCGGUAAAGUUAAAAAAAAAAGUCCAAGAUUUGACAGAAGAAUUGAAAACUACUGAAGCUGAUAAAAUAAAAGCUAUUGCUGAAAAAGAAGAGUUUCAAAAAAAAAUAUCAUUGAUUUCUGAUAAUGUUAAGACAUUACAGACCAUUCAGUCGGAGUAUGACAAACUGCAGGAUUGCUUGGAGCAAGAGAAAAACGAAAACAAAAAGCUGACUAAAAAUUUAGAAACACUUGUGAUAGACAACACUAAAUUAAAAGAAUCAAACUAUGAGCUGCGGGAACGUAUAAGUAAUUUAAAUUCUGAUUUAGAUAAUCGUGUUAAGGAGCUCAGGGAACUGAAAGUUAUUGUUAAAAAAAAUCAGAGUUUGAUAAAACAGCUGGAGGAAGAGAAAAAAGCCAAGAGUGUAAUUUGCGAGCAGAGAGAAAAAGAUUACGAAGACAUUAAAGUUAAAUUGGAUGCUGAAAUUCAAAGACACAAGAGUACGCGCGCUAAACUGGAGAGUGCCAAACAAGAAUGCAGUAGCAACAAUGUUUUGUUCUUGGAAGUUGAUAAUUAUGAGAAAAGUAUUGAAGACUUGAAGUCCAAGUUAGCUGACGAGUCGUCAAAAUGUUCGAGUCUUGAGAGCACGAUUGAAGAGCAAAAUCAAACUAUAACUCAUUUGGAGCAUCAAUUGUCUGAGCUUAGAGAUUCUUGUUUCGCUAAAACAAAUCAGCUGACGACACUGGGAGAAAAAAAUGAAGGGUUGAAAGCUGAGUUGAAUGACCUCAAGCAAGAAAUAGCUUCGAUGACCAAAGAAAAACAGAGUUUGUUAGAUUCUAUCGAGGGUAUCAAAUUAAAUAUGAAUAAAUUAAUAAAAGAGUCGGCUACUUUUGCUGCAGAGAAGAGUAAAAUAACUGAGGAAAUGGAAUUGUUAAAAAAUAAUAAUGCUCAACAAGUUGAAUUUUUAAAAUUAGAAAUAUCUAGACUUAAUGUUAUUAUCAAUAACAAAAAUGAGGAAAUGGAAGCGUUGAAAACAGAGUACGAGGGAUAUAAAUUGAGAGCACAGAGUGUUUUGAGAACCAAACAGAGUCAGAAUAAAGAAAAUGGAUUCAAUGGUAAAAGUAUUAGUGAAGUUGAAGCCGAGUUAAAUCAAUUGCGUGUGUAUUCAACUCAUUUACAAGAGAAAUUAGAUAGCAGCAGUGAAGAGAUCAAAAUUUUGACAAACGACUUGACGUUAAUUAAAGAAGAACGUGACUGCGUAAGAGAAAGUAAUAGAGAUCUCGGUAAAAAAUUAUCGUUAUUAAGUCAAGACUACUUAAGUUUAAAAGAAAAAUGUCGAAUGCAAGUAACUACUAUCGAUCAAUUAAAAAACGAGAUGAGUAGUAUACAAGAGACACUAAAAAAUACACAUUCCGCUCAAAUAAUUAAGAUAGAGGCUCGACAUCAACAAGACGUAGAAGCUCUCAGAGCAGAAAUUCAAAGACUAACAGCUACUUCAUCAAUUAAUAAAAAUACUGGGGAUAAAGUUGACAAUAAAUUAGAGCAUGAUUAUCAUACACGCAAUGAUAUUUAUUUGCUUGAAAGAGAAGAUGCUGAGGGAUCAGAGAGUGUAGACUCUUACCAAGUAGGAAAUUCAAAUUCAGAAAGAAAUCAACGGACACUGAUCCCACUUGAUGAGUUAUUAAAUUCCUCGGACGAUUUCGCUAAGACAAGUGCUCCAGAUCUACCGACGAAAGUUGAUCGUCAAGAGCUAGAAAUUUCUGAACGACGAGUCAAACACCUGACAGCUUUGCUGGCUGAUGCUGAAAGAGACGUUGCUAAGUUGAAUCAAAUGAACCAAUUGUUAAAAGAGGAUAUCCGGAGACAGCAACGGAGUGUCGAAAGGGAACAUCAUGCCAAUAAUUUUGAGUACUUAAAAAAUAUCGUUAUUAAAUUCAUAACAUUGAAAAAUGGAGAUGAAAGGAGUAGACUCAUCCCGGUGCUCAAUACGAUACUUAAACUAAGUCCUGAAGAAACUCAGCAGUUAAAUCAAGUAGCCGGAGUAUCAGGGCGUGGGUGGCUACCAUUGAUAUCAAUGCCAAUGUGGAAUAAUGAUUAAAAUUACCAUGCAUCAGCAUUAAAAAUUUUAUUGUCCCAAGCAAUUAAAAAAAAAUCAUUGUAUUUUUAUUGUAUUUUAUAGUAUAAAAAAUAUCCAGCUAAUAGAUAAAUUGAAUUAAAGUUUUAAAAAUUUUACUUCAUU